AUGGAUCGCCCAUCGAAGAAACCGCCGACCCCUAGCCCUCGCGCCCUCUCGGUAGGAAGAUGCUAUAUACAAACGGCGACGGAUAGGUUUGGGAAUGAAGCCAAGGGCGCAAUCCGGGAUCGAGAGCGGGCUUCGCUGGGGAUGGAGUUAGAGGGCCUUGAAUCGCCAUUUGCUUGGCCAUUUACCGCGCAAGAUUUCCUUCCGGGUCUUGCGGACGAUGGGCUCCACCCCAGGGACUCGAUAUAUCGGCUCGUCCCAAGCAUGCAGAACUAUCGAAACAAUUUGACGGCCUUAUCGCAAGUUCACAAUCUCUACUUUGUCGCAUAUGAAGGUCACAUAUUCGCCUACUCUCCUCGAAGCAUUCCGAAGCAAACGAUCCCCCGACACCCUGACCUCCAAAUUUACCCCAAGCCAAGUAAAGAGGCCCUUUCUAUCGGGGGCUAUAUCGAUACUGAUACUGGGCAUGUCAUCAAUCACAUUAUUACGGGCCAUCUCGGGAGAGAAGAGAUUCUAGUCGCUUGCUACGAUGAUGGAGAUGUGGUUGCGUACUAUGUCAAGGAGAUUGCAGAUUCGAUUUCCAGAACCAAGAGGAGCGCUGGGAAAACGCACGCCAAUCGUCAGCCGAGACGCUUUUUUCAUGAGAAUGUCGGCCAUACGGCUUGGGGCCUAGCCAUCCAUCGCAAGUCUCGCCUUAUCGCUGUGAGCACGAAUCGCUACGAGGUGACGGUUUUUGCUUUUGCCCUCACCACAUGCCAGAAGAAAUCAAGAAGAAUACGAGAAUUCUGCGAUUGCUGCCAGAGCAGCGGCAACACCCAAUCGAGUAUUCCUAGGAGGGCACGGAACUGGAGGAUUGUGGUGGUUUUCGGGGAUAAGGCCUCCAACAUCCCCAACAUCUGUUUCACCGAUAGCGAGGACGGCCAGGCCGAGAGGAUAUGCGCAAUAGACAUCAACGGGGUCGUCUGGAUAGCAGAUAUAUGGAGGAUGUUCCAGCCUGUAGUCCAGAUCCCGCCAUCUAAACAUCUUAUACUACAGAGCGAAGAAUUCUGGCCAGCGCCAUCACGGGGAUGGGGUGUACUGGCUCUUCCUGAAGAAGCCUUUGUGCCGGUCAGCACUCUCGAGGAGAUGCUUGGGUUACCCGAGGAGGCGCUCGGCAUCUUCCAGCCGGGAUCGGGAUGCUCGCAGCCGAUGGUGAAUGUGGCAGAAUGCCUCGCCGCCAUUCCGGACAACCCAUGCCCCCCUCCCAUGCUUGGACUCAGGGCGGGCGAUGCCAUUGCUCUCGAUGCCACGGACGAGCACAGCGACGAAAGCGAGGCCGAGCCAGACGAGCCAGAAAAUGACAGCGACGAGCCAGAUGAAUUAGAAGAGGAGGAUAGCGACGAGAUGGGCCAGGAGUCCGAAGAAGAGGAGGAGGAGGAGGAGGAAGGAGGAGGAGGAGAUGCCCAGCAAGAUGCACAGCAAGAUAUCGCCGCUCAGGGGGUCCCUGAAAUUAUUGCCGCAGACCAUGGCGGCAGCGCAGUGCUCUUUCCACCUCCGCCGGCAGGACUGCCAUUCCAUCAAGCACUACACGACCUAGACGAAGCGCUCGGACAGCUUGCUUACGCUGUACAGGAAUUCCAAGAAGCCAUCUCUUCCCCGGACACUCCUGAACCGGCAUUGACCCAAGCACAGGAUUCACCUCAGGAUCAAGACACUGUCAUGUCAGUGGAUGAAAGGCGAAAGAGUUCUGAUGUCACGAUUUUAAGACAACGCAGCCAUAACCGACUCAAUACACCACCUAUUCGACUCGACAUGGCAUUUUUUCCACACAGCGGGAAGAUUCAAGCCAUUCCUAGGCACCCAACGCAGCUUCUCGAGUUUCUAAGGAGGCAGCCCGAGUACAAUGACAACAAGGCGCCAACAGGGGAAGACCGCCUCAAAAGUUUUACCAAGCGAUAUCAUUUUAUUCGAGCAUUAGAAAAGGACCUGGAGCUAAGGAGUCUUCGGGAAGAGCAUGACGCAAGCUCGAAAGAGAUUGGGGUUUUGUGUCCUGACGCCGUCACGUUCAGCUUGUUUCAGGAACGGAGUAUCAGACCAUAUUUCCGCGCAACCAGCCGCCUGAGCAUGAUCUUCCACGUCCCCGAACUCUCUCUCGUUGUAAUAGGAUCGCCAACUGGACGGGUUCUUUGUGUGACUCCGACGAAACUCAGGUCUCCUGUUGCGUCGAAGACAUCGGGGAUGUGGCAUCACGGGCUCCGGGUAGAAUGCAUUCUACCUCGAUCAUCAGAAGAAGGGGCAUGCCGACCAGUGUUGCGGCCAUUGCACGGGAUAGCGGUUGGGCCAGUGCAGGAUGACGGCCGUAUGUAUGGCGACAGAACGAGCCGGGCAACGGCACCAAAGCGGUAUAGACUCAUGCUGCAUUAUCGAAAUCACGAUAUCCUUGCGUACGAAGUGACGAGGAGGGAACAAACAGGGAGACUUUGCAUCUUUUGA